GGGGGAGUACUUUAGUGAACUCUUAAAUGCGGGAGGAGACCAGAGGCUAGUUCUUGAUGAGUUGGGACAUCCUGGGGCAUCUCGUGUGUAUUGCCGGCGCAUUUGCUUGGAAGAGGUGGUUCGGGCUCUCCGCGUGAUGCGUAAUGGGAGAGCUGUGGGACCAGAUGAGAUUCCAGUGGAGUUUUGGAAGCAUGCGGGUCGUGAUGCGUGGGUUUGGUUAACCAAACUCUUCAAUGUUAUCCUCCGGACAGCAUGGAUGCCUGAUGAGUGGAGGGAGAGUCUCUUGGUCCCUCUGUUUAAAGGCAAAGGUGACAUUCAGAGCUGCGAGAAUUACAGAGGCAUCAAACUGCUUAGCCACACCAUGAAGGUUUGGGAGCGAGUUAUCGAGUAUAGGGUGCGGAAAGAGGUUUGCAUCUCGGAGAACCAGUUUGGUUUCAUGCCUGGCAGAUCGACUACAGAGGCCAUUCAUCUCGUGAGAAGGUUAAUGGAAGAGUAUAGGGCUAGGAAGAAGGACCUUCAUAUCGUGUUUAUUGACCUUGAGAAGGCGUAUGAUAGGGUGCCAAGGGAGGUCUUAUGGAGGUGCCUUGAGGCGAGAGGAGUGCCCAUCGUGUACACUCGCGCGAUCAAGGAUAUGUACAAUGGGGCUAUGACCAAGGUAAGGACUUCCGGGGGCGUCUCAGAUUCCUUCUCGGUAGGGAUGCGGUUGCACCAAGGGUCUGCUCUUAGCCCUUUUUUGUUCGCCUUGGUGAUGGACGUUCUAACUCAAGGUGUUCAAGACGGGGUCCCAUGGUGCAUGCUUUUCGCGGAUGAUAUUGUGCUUAUCGACGACACGCGUGAGGGACUAAACGAUAAGUUGGAAUUAUGGCGCCUUGCCCUUGAGACCAAAGGAUUCAGAAAAAGUAGGAACAAGACUGAAUACAUGGAAUGUCGUUUCAGUGGCCGGGAUACAGAAUCAGAGGUGGAAGUCAAGAUUGACUCUCACCUAGUACCUAAGGUAGAUAGGUUUCGUUAUCUUGGCUCAGUAAUUCAGGCGGAUGGGGAGUUAGAUGCGGAUGUUGGACAUCGGGUUGGAGUGGCUUGGGCCAAAUGGCGGUUAGCUUCAGGGGUGUUGUGGUAUCCGAAGAUUUCGACUAGAAUGAAAGGUAAGUUCUAUCGAUCCGUAGUCAGACCUGCUAUGUUAUAUGGGGCAGAGUGUUGGGCGGUUAAGAAGACUCAUGUGCGUCGUCUGCAUGCGGCGGAGAUGCGGAUGCUACGAUGGAUGUGCGGGAAGACAAGGUUGGAUAGGAUUUCGAAUGAGGUUAUCCGACGUCAAGUAGGUAUGGCACCGGUGGAAGACAAGUUGCGGGAAGCGAGGUUGAGGUGGCUUGGCCAUGUGAGACGGCGGGAUGCUGACGCCCCUGUGGAGCCGGGGGUCUCUUGGAAACAGCCUCCCUACUUCCGAGUAGGGGCAAGAUUUGUCAAGAGACAGGAGGUUGAUGAUUGGGAUGAGGAGCUAGUUUGUACCGCCACUCGGAGUGCUACCAGAGAUGUGGAGCUUGGCCAUGAGGACCCGAAUAUGGUCUUUUGCUUGUCCACUCUCACAAGUAAUGCCUUCAAGGAUUCAAUGGUAGCAAGUUUCCAUCUUCUAAAUGUUCCUGAUGAAGUUAAACAAGAGAUGUUAUCUACUUUGAAUUUGAUCGUACAAACGAAGCGGGUGAACUUGAGAAAUCGGGAGGAGCUCAUUGAUAGUGACGCGUACUACCGAAAUACAGACACAAUUGCUGGUUCAUCAAGCGGUGGUAGCAACUCCAAUAGAGGAGUGUGCAGUCCAAGGGAUAGAUUUGUUGUGGAUGUUAAUGUUGAUACUCUUGAUAUUAUUCCAAGCAAACCAAUCAGCAAAAGGGAAGAUAGAGAUAGAGUUUGCCUAGAUGUGGGAAGAUUUUAUAUUGAGAAUGGUAUUCCAUUUCAUGUUGCAAAUUCCCCUUCAUUCAUAAACAUGUGUCCAGCAAUCGGAAAUUUUGGCAGGGGUUUUAAGCCACCUACACCAUAUGAGUUGAGCCAUUGGAUCUUGGAUGAAGAGGAGGCAAUGUUGGGGUUGACCAUGAUGGUGGAGAUGCCAACAGUGGUGGGGCUGGCGGCGAUAAAAGGACUAAUGGUGGUGGAAAGGGUUGGGCUAGCGGUGGUGGUGGGGGCUAGGGUAGAUGGUUGGAGCACGGGUGGUAAAGGGGUAGUGGUGGGGCUCAAAUUGACAGUGGGAGCUGGCGAAGGUGUGAACCAGGGACGGCCAGCUUCCUUGUUCAUUCCCUAGCCCUUUUAAGUGCAUUUUAGCCAUUUCAACUCAUAAGUCAACCAUUGAAAAAAAUGAGAAAAAGUUCAAAUGGGAAGGUUUUUCCCGGACGGAGGGAGUAAUGAAUUUUGAAUAAGUAAAUCUAAUUUUUUGUAAAACCGGAACAGUGCUAAGAAUAAAUUAUUUUUAAAUGUUAACUUUAAUGGGAAAAUUCAUACUCGAAUUGAUGGUUUCGGGGAGAUGAAUUCAACGGUAUAUUCCGCGGCGAAUUUGAGGUACAAAACAAAGCGACUUAACAGUC